AUUGUUAGAAUAUUCUCAUCAAACCAAGACAAAAACCUUUUUGAGUCCAAAUAGUCAAAGGCAAAACUGAAUAGUCACAACACAAACAUCAAACAAACUCAACAAAUACAAAGGUGACGAUGAAAUCUUCAAUCAUAUGUCUUUCCAUUCUAAUCCUCCUAACAACCUCAAACGCAUCAAACCAAACCAAUAAUCUCUCUGUCUACGAAACCCUUCAGCAAUACGAUUUCCCGGUUGGUAUUCUUCCACAAGGUGCCACAAGCUACGAGCUAAACAAAAACACAGGCAGGUUCACGGUGUAUUUCGAAGGAACAUGUAUUUUUGGUAUAAGAUCUUACGAUCUAAGGUAUAGAUCCACUAUCAAGGGUGUUAUCUCCAGAGGUAAACUCAGUAAACUGAAGGGUAUUAGUGUUAAGAUUGAACUCAUAUGGCUCAAGAUUGUGGAGGUGACUCGUCGUGGUGAUGAUCUUCAGUUUUCUGUUGGUGUUGCUUCUGCUGAAUUUAGUGUUGAUAACUUUUUAGAGAUUCCUCAGUGUGGGUGUGGAUUUGAUUGCAAUGGUUUGAAAAGUGAUGGUAAUUUUUCUUCUAUUUAGAUUUGUUUUUUAUAUAGUUUUACAAAUAUAAAUUGGUGGAUGAUUAUUGUAUUUUCUGCUGUUAUUUUUGAACUCUAUUUCAACAGUGUGAUCAUUUAUUUUAAAGA